UUAAUUGACAAGACGUGUACCUCUCCAACAUUUACACUAGAACAACAUUUGAUGUGGGAUGAUAUUGCUAUCUUGGCCAGAUACUUGCUCAUGUUGUCAUUUAACAAUUCUCUUGAUGUGGCCAGCCACUUGCCAUUCCUGUUCCAUAUUGUGACACUGUUGGUUUCAACGGGUCCCCUGUCUCUGCGAGCUUCAACUCAUGGAUUGGUCAUCAACAUCAUCCAUUCACUGUGCACAUGCUCACAGCUACAUUUUUCAGAGAGCACACUGCAGGUCUUGAAGCUCAGCCUUGCUGAGUUUUCCUUGCCAAAAUUCUACCAGUUGUUUGGCAUAAGUACUGUCAAGUCUGCAGCUGUAAGUGCUUUCAGGACAAGCUACCGCCCUGGAGACCGUUCUUUCACAAUGUCACCACCAGAAAAUGAGAAAAUGCCUCUCAGUUCUUUAGAGGCCAUUGCAGAUGCUCUUCUUGAGAUUAUGGAGGCCUGCAUGAAAGACAUUCCAAAUUGUGAUUGGCUGCAGCAGUGGACUGACUUAGCCAGAAGGUUUGCAUUUCAGUACAACCCCGCCCUUCAGCCUAGAGCAAUCAUUGUGUUUGGCUGUAUCAGCAAGACUGUGUCAGAUUCUGAAGUGAAGCAGCUGUUGAAAAUUAUGAUGAAGGCCUUAGAGUCUUACAUGGACCUCACUCUGAUUGAAGCAGUGGUGAUGUGUUUAACAAGGUUACAGCCCAUGUUGAAACCUGAAUCUCCAAUUCACAAGUUUCUCUUCUGGGUAGCCAUCUCAGUUUUGCAGCUGGAUGAAGUGUCUCUGUAUGCUGCUGGCCUAGGCUUGUUAGAACAAAAUCUGCAUACUCUGGAUAACAUUGGUCUGUUUGAAAACAAAUCACUAGAACGGGUCAUGAUGAAUGCUAGAGAGCCUUUGGAAUGGCACUUCAAGCAGCUUGACCAUGACAUGGGCUUGAGUUUUCAGACUAAUUUCAACUUUGCUUUGGUGGGACAUUUACUUAAAGGUUUUCGGCACCCAGCACCAACAACUGUGUCUCGCACAAUCAGAGUACUUCACCAGUUAUUAAGCAUCACUGUCAAGCCAACAAACAGAGACAAGUUUGAGGUCACAUCUCAGACAGUUCCUUAUUUAGCAGCCUUGGUCUCAGUAUCAGAAGAAGUGCGAAGUCGAUGUCAUUUGAAACAUAGAACAUCCCAUUAUAUGAGUGACUCCCCAUCAAGUGAGAGCAUCAAUUCAGAUAUUGCAAGUCAAGGACAGUCACCAUCUCCGUCACUGCCCAACUCAGCUUCUACGUCAGGUGUCUCCACUCCGAUCACUCACCCUGCUCCAGCUCAG